UGCUGCCUGGUGUAGAUAACUAGGUGCUGCUGUGUGAGCGCUCACACACUGAGAGCAAGUGAUGGGAGACCAAGUCAGUCCCUGACGCGCGUGUCGCUCACCUGGCGAUAUUUUCAUUUAAUGUUUUGAGAAUCUUUUUUAAAUGAUCACAUUAUUUUCUUCUGAUAUUUGUUUUUGUUGAGAAUAAAACUAUUCAUCCUAUUCUUCUGGCAGAACUGGUCGUGAAACAGAAGGUGGACGCGCGCCCUACAAUCCAACAUCAGUUGGCAUACUGGGUAUAAUUUAUGUUUGUGUCUGAGCCAUGGCAGAGGAGUGAGGCGCCUUCGCCAAAAUGCCUGUUAACUGGAAUAUAACUUUUUCACGGCGGUCCUAUGGAAUAUAGUCCGAUUUUACACAGUCUACAUGUUGUGCCAUCAUCCCACGUGAAAAACAAACUCUUCGUGUUCUUCAUAAUGCUGUCCCUUUGGGUGUACAUGAUUUAUUGUUGUGUUGGCUACUGCUCAACCAUGCCGAACCUGGCGUACGGCUCGGUGAACAGGCACGAGAACGACGCAGAAGUUGACAAUCAUCAGGAGUCCUCUCUAGGGGCGUCCAGGGACUUACUGAAUAACGAAAACGAUGUGGACAGCAGAGGAGAAGAGUGGGAUGAAAUUAGAGGCGAGGCGAAGGCGCUGGAUGAUAAUGCCAUGUCAGGUUUCCUCAAUGAGUCGGAAAGUAAAAAGUUGCCCCAGGCGAUAAUCAUCGGGGUGAAGAAAGGAGGGACCCGGGCGCUGCUGGAGUUUCUGCGCCUGCAUCCAGACAUCAGGGCGGUGGGAGCCGAGCCACACUUCUUCGACCGCAACUACGACAAGGGACUGGAGUGGUACAGGGAAUUGAUGCCCAAGUCAUCAGAGGGCCAGCUGACCAUGGAGAAGACCCCCAGCUACUAUGUCACCAAGGAGGUCCCUGCUCGAAUCUACACCAUGUCUAAAGACACAAAGCUGAUUGUAGUAGUACGGGAUCCUGUCACACGAGCCAUCUCAGACUACACCCAGACCCGCUCCAAGAAGCCAGACAUCCCCUCUUUUGAGAACCUGACCUUUAAGAACAUGUCGGCGGGCCUGAUCGACACCACGUGGAGCGCUGUCCAAAUCGGCAUGUAUGCCAAGCACCUUGAGCGUUGGCUCCAGUUCUUCCCCAUGGAGCAGCUGCUGUUUGUCAGCGGAGAGCGUUUGAUUAGCGAUCCUGCAGGUGAGAUGGCUCGCGUCCAGGACUUUCUCAGGCUCAGGAGGGUGGUCACAGAGAAACAUUUCCACUUUAACCCAGCGAAGGGCUUCCCCUGCCUUAAGAGACCCGAAGGGAACAGCAAGCCACACUGCCUGGGCAAAACCAAAGGCAGAACCCAUCCUAACAUUGACCCAGAGGUGGUGCAGAGGCUAAGGGACUUCUAUAAACCCUUUAAUAGCAAGUUUUACCAGAUGACUGGUCAUGACUUUGGCUGGGACUGAGAUGAAAAUUUAUGAUGACAGACUCAUGCUGGUCUCUUGUCUGUUUUGUUUUUUUUUUCCCAUUCUGGAGAUAUUGUUAUACAGUGUAUGUACAGUAUGGUGGAUAUGUAAAAAGUUCAGAAGUCUAUUUUAUGAUAAUUUAUUGUUAUAUUAACUCACUAAGCUGCCUAACCAGGUUUAUUCAUGAUCCACCACACACUUUUUGUCCAGUUUUAAUUCUCAUUACAUACAUAAACAUUUUUAUAAAAGCACAAUGUUUUUACGGGUAUUACAAGCAGGGGUCAGUGUCCUUUUUUCAAUCAUAAUUUUGGCUUCAUGUGGAAAACCCCCUUUUUUUCUUUUACUUCUCCAAAUGCCACUUUUGCUUCACCUUAAACUGAGCGACAUCCAACUUCACAAACAACUGGUAAUAUCCCCUUAACAUUCGCCUGACCCUCGGAGGUCUAUGGACCCACUUAGUCAGGUCGAUACAGGCCUCAGCUGAUCCAGUGCCACUUGCCAGGUGGAUCAAUACAGUAAUAGCUUCUAAUCAUGUCAGUUAGACCUGAGUGAUGGCACUGCCGUGAUCUCUCAAGCACUGUAAUAAAACACGGAUCCAUUAAUGGCAGUAAGUUUAUGGUUGACCCUUGAGCCAACUUCAGGUUAAUAUAAUAAUAUAAAAUUCCCACUGCAAUGUUUUGACUUAACCACUAUUUACAGUUUCUACAAAAGAAUUUUGAUCAGGAUCGAAUGGAGACCCCUGUCACGAUACAUUUUGGAUGUUUUUAUCCCUUUUUUUCAAAAAUCUGCUGCACAGGCUUCAUGUUGCCUCAUCAUUUAUUCCUUUCUCCAAAAAACAAAAUGAUUCUUUUGAUGCAGACACAUUCACUGAUGUGUACUAAAAUAGCACAUAUGGCUCACUCUGUACAGCUGCUUUUACCACAGGUGAUACUAGAUGUGUUAAUGAUGCCCUUACCCAUGAUACAUCAGUUGACAGAGUCAAUGCCACAUAAAAAUAAGCAUCUCUUUGAAUACUUUUAAUUCUACUUUCCGUGAUAGCUGAAGAAGAUAAAAACCAACCCAACUUCAGCCAGUAUUUAAGUUUCACAUAGGGUUGAGUUUUAUUCAACCUUUUUUUUUUUUUCUUUUUUUUUAAAAA